CUGAGAGAGCAUGUGAGCCGAAUGCAACAUGGCUUCCCGCCAUGUCGAUGUCAACGAGCGUCGGCUUCGUCCCGUUUAUGAUGCUUUGGACAGCAUGAACAACAAACUGGCUAUCCAACUCGCAGACAAAAUUUUAAAGAAACAGAAAGACCUGUACUGCGCCAAGGCUCUUAAAGGACUGGCUUUACUGCGAUCAGGAAAAACUGCUGACAGCGAGACUAUUAUGGAGGAAAUUAUGGAAGCGAAACCGGCGGACGAUCCCACGCUCCAGGCAAUGACAAUUUGCUACAGGGAGAUGCAAAAACCUGAGAUGAUUCCUCUUAUUUAUGAGAUGGCCUUGAAACAGGACCCAAAGAAUGAAGAAUUGCACUCUCAUCUCUUUAUGGCAUAUGUCAGAAUUGGAGAUUACAAAAAGCAAAAACAGGUUGCUAUGAAUCUCUAUAAACUGUUUUCCAAGAACCCUUACUACUUCUGGGCUGUUAUGAGCACUGUGAUGCAGGGUACGAUGGCUGGUGAUGAGAAACUUGGAAGAACGAUGCUCUUUCCUUUGGCUGAGAAAAUGGUUGAAAAAUUUGUGAAUGAAGACAAAAUUGAAGCAGAAGCAGAGGUUCAUCUGUAUUUAAUGAUCUUAGAAAAGCUUGAAUGUUAUGAAAAGGCUCUUGAUGUUCUCAGAAGUAAUUUGGCUGCUAAACUGAUUAGCUACAUGGAUGAAAGAGAGGAGAAAGAAGCCAUUUAUUUAACGAAACUCUGUAGAUGGCAUGAAGCAAAUGUAGCAUUUAAGAAACUCAUUUUGAGAAGACCAGACCAGUGGUCAUACUACCAGUCAUACCUUGCCUCAGCUUUCUCCCUCGUCAAACAAGACUGGAAACCUGUUGAUGAGUCAGAAGAACUUCCAGAUUAUUCUUUAGAAAUGAUUGACAAAUUCCUAGUAUCUGUCAUGGAAGUGGAACAAACUAAAGAAAAGAGAUCAUGCAGAGGACCUUUUUUAGCACAAUUAGAAUUGAAAAAGCUUUGUAGUCAAGAAUGUAUUAACUGUGAUUCAAGACAGGCUUCCACUUCUACUGUAUAUUUAUUAACAGAGUAUUUUAAACGGUUUGGAGACAAGCACUGUUGUUUUUGGGACCUUGAACCUUACUUACAUGUAAAUCUACCAGAAAUGCCGGACAAAGAAAAGUUUGUGGAAGCAUUAAGGAAUACCCUUCCAUCAGUCAGUGAUGAAGAUUCUGAGUCAUCUCAUAUAAGACUGAUGCUGAGGAGAUUGAAUAUUGAACUAAUCUCAAGACAUUUUGGAUUUCACUGCCCUCUUUCCUGUGAGGAAAAAAUUUCCUUAUCAAAGGAAUAUAUGAAGCAGCACAAAGAUGGUUUGGUUUAUGGUCAGAAUCUUUUGCCAACAGAACUCCAAUACAGUGAUGGGUUUGCUCAACUGGCUUCACACCUUUUAUUAGAAGUAAAUUAUGAAUCAGGAAAUACAGACAUGAACUGGCACCUUCUUAUCAUCUUAGAGAGUGCACUAAAGGCAAGUCCUUCCAACCAUCAGCUGAAACUCCUUUUGAUGAAAGUCUAUUGUUCAAUGGGUGCCAUUGGUCCAUGUUUAGUGCUUUUUGAAGGAUUAGAAAUCAAACACAUUGAACAAGAUGUUGUUGGUUACACUCUGACACGGUAUGUUGAAGCCCUUGGUCAUUUUGAGGCAGCUUCAUCUGUGUACCUAACCACUUUAAAAUUCUUCUAUGGAAAUCAAAAAAAUACUCCUGAACAUAUCAUAGCUGCCUACAAGUAUGGAUCAUUUGAAAAGAUUCCAGAGUUCAUUGAUCUCAAGAGAAGACUUGAUCUUUCACUGCAUUUUGCCACAGUAAAUUAUGAAAACAUGCUCCUUGACGUUUUCACCAAGGCAAACAGCCUUUCAGAUAUCCAAAGUCAUUUUGAUGAAAAGAACUUACUUGACAAGUGUUCUGUAGCAAAAUACUGGAUGAAAGAGCUGAAGGACAAUAGGGAUCUCAAACUACUUCAAACCUGGGAUGGCCCAGAAAGGCAGCUAUCAAAAGAACAGGAGUUAAGAUGUGAAGAGCAGGAGGUGCUCUGGUUAAGGUUGCGGUUUCUUAUUCUUAGAGCCCUGGCAGUAGCUGUCUCUUUGAUACCAAAACCUCAACAAAAUAUGCAAAAUAUGAAUAAUGGAGAAGCUUCCCCUGCUUGUCCCUUGGAAGAAGUGAUCAAUGAAUUGAAGGAAACAUUACAAGAAGUUGAUUUGCACCCAGGAACAAGAGCAAAGCUGCCUUGUCUGGGUCCACCAUGUUCAAGACUGCCAGGGUUUAUGGAUGGUCAGCAUGGAAGAAUGAUUAUAGCUAUGGUAACCAUAUGCCAUGAAUGUCAUAGUUUACAUCAUUCUUCACAAGAUGCUAGUACAACAGAAAGGUGGAAUCAUAUUAGACAAAAUCUCGAUGUAGUGACUGAAAUUUUAAAAGGUUGUAUUUCAGAUUGUUUAGGUAAACUCACCACAAGCAGUGGAGAAAAAACAAUAUUCAAUGGAUAUGUUUUGGAAACCUUGGUUCUCUUGGUUGAGAGCUGUUGUUGUGUCCUUCUUCUAGCAGCUGUAUGCUGUAGCUUUUUACAAUCAAUGACAGGCAGCAAAAAGACCAAGAAGAAGAAACCUACUCCCACUAAAACAAAUGAAGAGAUGGCACCAUUUAAAGAGUUCCUAUCAACACUGAAAUCUUCUCUUACAUCCCUACAUUCAGCACUUGUGGAAGUGAAUAUUUGUCAGCUCUCAGAUGAGCUUUUGGAACUGAAUUUAGUUGAACUAGACAAUGAGACCAAGUCUUCCAUUGUGUCAGAGAUUUGGGAGAAACUGCAGACAAGCUAUAAGCAGUCAGUGAAGGAGAUCACAGAACUUUUACAUCACAAAGUCACUUUUGCUAAGUCUCUUCGUAUUUAGGCAUUAAACAAUUAUUACAUUUUGUCAAUGUACAUCACAACAAACAGUUGGGAAAUUCUCAGAGGAAGAGUUGCAUCUUUCAGCCUGGUUGUAUCAUUAGUACCAUUUAUGUUGGAGAAAGCAAGAUAAGACAUGGACUUGUGCAAGGUUAAAGGUGGUCAAGAAGGGAGUUAAUGUGUUGUCAGUGGCCAAUGGAGUAAAAGGUGUGGCUUUAAAAGUAAACUCUACUUGCACCAGCAUGUGGAGGAAGGUGGUUCCUUUUGCAGAGUGGCCUAUGGUUAGUGAAAAAAAUGAAUGUAAUUUUGUCAGCCUUGUAUCAUUGUGGUUUUAAAUACAUUUUGGGUAUGGUAAAAGUACUGGUGAUGACAAUGGUGAUGGUUAAGGUACUGAUGACGUUGAAGGAGUUAUGAGACCUUGUUUAAGCCCAUGAAAGGUCACAAAACAAUUCACUUGAGAAUGUGUACAUGGAUCUACACAUUCUACAUGAAUGUUGCAUGUAGAUGCUAAGGGACUAGGAAGAUGUUAAGAUUGGAAUACAGCACGGUACUAUGAUAUGAUGCUAUCGAUGAUGAAUUGUGGUAUUUGAGUAAAAUGGAAUGUUGAAAUAGUGGCAAAGUUACAAUGCUUUUAUUGUAAAUACAGCUGUAGGUGUUAUUACAACACUGAAUCUGCCUACAGUGUAAGGGAUGGCAAUCAGUAAAUAUUAGGAUUGUUAAGACUCCUAGAAAUGCAAACUAAGACUGAACAUUUUUAGCUAUAGUUCUACUUAGAUCAUUUUAAGGUAAUAUUGUCUCAUUUUUUUAGAUGAUGACUUUUGUUUUUUUUUUUUUUUGGUGGCAUAAGCUUUUACAUCUCAACAUCUUUUUGUUUUAUGGGUGAUGCAAGUGGCUGUUAUCAGCAAAAUAUGUGUUUGCGCCCCAAUCAUAUAAGAACCCCACAUGUAGACUUUCGAUGCUCACAAUGAUACCUCUAAGCUACUGUUGCCACCCUGUGACUUAGCUCCUGGUCUGAACAAGUACAUACAGUAGAAGACGUAGAUAGUUUUGAGAAAAGAUUUCAAAACUCAUUACAAAGGUUGGUAGUCAUCAGUCAGUCAGUCAGCCCACUGAUGGUUGGAAGGUCUUUCAGGGAGCUGUUCUUCACCAUUACCUAAAGUUUGCAAGAUGGUUGAUUUUCAUGGUAUCAAUAGCCACCCCUGUCUUUAAUUAAAUCACUAUGGAUUUGUUACUAUUAAUCAUUCACUUAUGAAUCACUGUGCACUUGAAUUUUUUUAUCACGGUGUCAUCAUAUUGAUGGUAUGUUUUAGCUGAUUGAUAAUUAAACUGGAAAAUUAACAUAUAAGCUAUUUUUUUUUUGUUGGUUCUGUGGUGCAAAAAGUUGAACCAUCAGUAAUACUUAACAUUGGUUGGAACUGUCCAACCAGAUUGGCUGGAGACUGGAGAGUUUUAGUUGAUGACAAAUUUCUCUUGAUAAGUACACUUGUCUGGCUAGCCAAUUUCAACCAGUGAUAAGUUGUCUAACUGUCUGUAUAUGGGUGUUGUUUGCUUUAGUUUGUCUUUAAUGUACGUCAGAUUGCUAAAAGAGGGUCUUGAAAACAGUUGGAAAAAUUUGAGAGAUACUAAAUGUAUUUUCACCUUCUCAAAACUUUAUUCUCAAGCAAGUAGAAUUGGGUCCAUAUGCUUACUCUUAUGUAAGCAUAAGAGAAUUGGGUUGGUGUUUUACUGAUAAAUGAAGCAAGAGUGGGAGAGAACUUCUGCAUUAUUUUUAUUAGAACACCCAUGGAAACCAGACAAAAUAAGGACAUGACAACAUCACAAAAUAGUGCUGAUAUGAAUAUUUUUAACUCAUAAGGGUGUAUUUUCAGUGACCAAUUUAGACCUGUUGAAUUUGAUGAGUGACCAGAUGACGUUUUUUUUUGUAGGUACAAUGCUCAGAGCAAUAAAGUUCAUGUAGAGUAAAACUGUGUUUUACUGAACUCGAGAAUGUGAAAUAAAGCUUUUAAAUUCUUUAUUAUAGAUGUAUUGGCCGAUAAGUCUUAGAUGUGUGAUGAACAUAUCUAAGAUAUGUUGAAUAAACAUGCUCAGAUAUUU